AAUGCAAUAUCUAUGUACUACUUGUUCGUUGAUUCUUAAGCUAAGUAAUAGCCUCAGCAAAUCGAUACGUUUCCUAGUGUUAUGUUGUUUCCAUUUCCUCUACCUCAGAGUCAACCCAUUUAUCAUUCAACUCUUUUAUUUUCUCUCACUCUCCUCUCUUGGUUUCCUUCUUCUCAUUGCUUUCAAUCCCAGAACAGAUUCGUUUAGGCCUAGGAACUUCGAUUUUUUCUUCACCUCUGUGUCAGCUGCAACGGUCUCGAGUAUGUCCACCGUCGAGAUGGAGGUUUUCUCCAAUACCCAACUCAUCAUCCUAACCAUUUUGAUCUUCAUAGGUGGGGAGGUUUUCACUUCCAUGGUUGGUCUUUUCCUCAGGCAGUUCAAACUCAAGCAAACUGGGGAUAAAGUUGUUUCUGUACCCAAUCUCAUCGAACAAAUCGAGAUGGGUCUGCAGGUUCGAGAUCCCAAGUCUAAAAACCUGAAUUUGGAAACCAAGGUUCCUGAUCAUUGCCCAAUUGAAACAAUAUUAGAUAGCAAGUUGUUGAUGUACCAUUCAAUAAAGUAUUUGGGUUUUGUGGUUUUGGGUUAUUUUCUAGUGGUUCAAGUUCUUGGGGUGGCAAUGGUUUCCAUAUAUCUAGCCCUAGCUUCAAACGCAAGAAACAUCCUGAAAAACAAGGGAUUGAAGAUGAUGACCUUCUCGAUAUUCACCACAGUUUCGACCUUCGCGAGUUGUGGUUUUGUCCCAACAAAUGAAAACAUGAUGGUUUUCAGCAAGAACUCAGGCCUUCUCUUAAUCCUCAUUCCUCAAGUCCUUAUGGGGAACACAUUAUUUCCCUCAUGCUUAAGAUUUUUGAUAUGGGUUUUGGGGAAACUUAAUAUUAAGAAAGAAGAAUCCAAAUUCCUGCUGGAGAAUUCAGCGGGGAUUGGAUAUUUGCACUUGCUUUCUAGCCUGCAUUCUUCACUUUUGGUAGGUAGUGUGUUUGGGUUCAUCUUCAUACAGUUUGUAUUGUUUUGCUUCAUUGAGUGGAAUUCAGAAUCUUUAAGUAGACUGAGUUCUCAUGAGAAACUCAUUGGCUCUUUGUUCCAAACUGUGAAUACAAGACAUACCGGUGAAACUAUUGUGGACCUCUCAAUAAUUUCUCCGGCCAUCUUGGUGCUGUUCAUCGUCAUGAUGUACCUUCCUCCUUACACUUCUUUCCUCCCAAUCAAAGAAAAUGAGAAGAAUCCAGAGAAGAGUGAAAGGAGAAAGAAGACAAGGGGAAAGAUUAUGGAGAAUCUCAUAUUCUCACAGCUAUCUUAUUUAGUCAUCUUCAUCAUUCUUGUGUGCAUAACUGAGCGAAAAAAGUUGAAACAAGAUCCUCUCAAUUUCAAUGCUCUAAACAUUGCUCUUGAAGUUAUUAGUGCAUAUGGAAAUGUAGGAUUUACGACAGGAUACAGCUGCAAACGACAAUUGAAUCCUAAUAUUGACUGCAAAGAUAAAUGGUUUGGAUUUUCGGGAAAAUGGAGUGAUGAAGGAAAGAUGAUCCUCAUAGUGGUUAUGUUUUUUGGACGAUUAAAGAAAUUCAAUAUGAAUGGAGGCAGAGCAUGGAUACUAUUGUAAAUUUAUACCCCGUUAAUCAUAUUUCUGUCUAUAUAUAUA